UGUAAUUAUAAUACUGUGUGCGGGGAUGCAUUUUUCAUAUCUCCAAUUUCUUCCUCACCUCAAAAUCGCUCUUUCAUUUCCCUCUCACCGCAGAAAUUGAUCCGACCACGACUUCGAAUCGCUUAUUCUCUACUUUUAUAACGAUGAAGACUGUUGCAAGAACUGAGACUGAUUUGUUGACCGAUCUACCCAAUAACAUAAUUGAGAACAUUCUUGGAUGUUUGCCUCUUCGAGAUGUGGUGAGGACAAGCAUUUUGUCCAGGGAAUGGAGGUACAAGUGGGCGUCGUGUCCGGAUAUUGUGUUUGAUUUCUGGUUCGAUCAAAUGUUUCUGGGAGGCCACCAACUGGAGCCCCUGGUUUACCAAAUAUUGAAACUUCACAAGGGUCCCUUGUUAAAGUUUGUUCUGCAAGUGCCUGAUCUCAAAAGUAAUCCAGAUAUUGAUGAAUGGGUUCGCUUGCUGCCAAAUAACACUCUUCAAGAGUUGACCCUCCAUGUAUCGAGAGGAGAGGCACACAGGUUGAGUUCACACCUGCUUAGUUUCCAGCAUCUGAGAAAUUUGAGGCUCUAUAACUGUGUAUUUGAUCCUCUCCCGGGGUUCAAGGGAUUCAGCAAGCUAGUGAACCUUGAACUGCAAAGGGUUGUGCUUGUGCCUGAAUCAUUUACGACUUUCAUUGCUUCGUGCCCUGCAGUUGAAAGACUGAGACUGAUUCAUUGCACCAGCUUCGAUUGCCUGGAAUUAACCGGCCCCAAGUUGAAAUACUUUGAAUUCAACGGGGUGUUCAAGUCAGUAUCGUUCAAGAAUUGCCCUGUUUUGAAGGAUAUUAAAUUGACAUUUUCAUCCAUGGAGUUUAAACGCGGGAACUUCUUUUCCUUAGAUUUGGUGAAAUCCCUUAGCUGCCUGCCUGCCCUUGAGGACCUUCAGUUACAAGCCUAUGCAUUAGAGGAUCUUGUUGAGCACGAAGCACCAAACAGACUGCCAAUCUCUUUGAAUACGCUGAAGAAUCUUCACCUUUCGGAUAUGUAUUUUGAGAAAAUUCAGGAGUCUUCGUGUGCCAUUUGUUUCAUCAGAAGCUGCCCUAAUCUACAGCGCCUUAAUAUCACUGCUUUCACCUUCGACGUGGUGGAUGCUGUGGCAGACUUCUUGAGGUCACAAACAAGCUCAGAGUCGCUGGCUCAUCUGAAAACCGUGAAGAUGCAGUUGUUCUCUGGGAUCGAAGCUGAGAUGGAAUUCGUGAAGUAUCUACUGGCAUCAGCCACGGCACUUGAGGAAAUGGCGAUAACACCCCAAACUGGCAGCAUCGCUGAUGGAGGGGAGUCGAUACUCAACGAGCUCAAGCAAUAUCCGCGAGCAUCACCGAGCGCAGAAAUCUUCAGUCCUCGAGCAUCAGAAAUCUUGAGUUCGGGGAACAAUAAUGGGAGCAAGCAUGUGUAGGUGCUUCAUUCCCACUAGUUAGGCUGUUUGUAAAUGUAUUAGGCUCCUUUGAGAUUCUGCUACAAUGCUAUAAAUCCAUCCUUUGAAAUUUUGAACCAUCAAUUCGCACUGUAAUAAUCCCAAGUGAAUCGAUUUGUGUUCUUAUUUGGCCCCCUGUAAUAGGAUAUUCCCUUCGUCCCAAGAUUUGUAUUCUUAUUUUGGAAAUCA